ACCCCAAAAAAUUCUAAUAAAAAGUCGCGAUAUUAAGAAAAUUCUAAUAUACCUAAAUAAAUAUUUAAAGUGUAGUUAAUAGAAAUUUAAGCAACAAUUUCAAAGAACGUUGAGAGUAGAGAACUCUCAUCAACUUAAAAUACAAAUUGCUGGUUUCUGAUAUACAAACUAUUUCUACUCCGAUUUAAAGUAGUACGAGAAUUACUUGGUCAACUGAACGAACCAGUUGAUAGCAGUACUGAGGCGAAGUCUAAAACAAAGAAACUUCGUCGUGAUUAAAAACUUUUUCUAACGUUAAACAUCCCGAGAUUAUCAUGAAUAUCCGAUGUGCAAAACCUGAAGACCUGAUGAACAUGCAGCACUGCAAUUUGCUUUGCUUGCCUGAGAACUAUCAAAUGAAAUAUUAUUUUUAUCAUGGAUUAACAUGGCCUCAACUAUCAUAUGUAGCAGAAGAUGAUAAAGGAAACAUCGUUGGCUAUGUGCUUGCUAAAAUGGAAGAGCCUGAACCUGGUGAAGUAAGCAAACAUGGACACAUAACAUCAUUAGCUGUCAAACGACCUUUUCGUCGUUUGGGACUCGCUCAGAAACUUAUGAAUCAAGCAUCUUAUGCGAUGGUUGAAUGUUUUGAUGCUCAUUAUGUUAGUCUGCAUGUUCGUAAAAGCAACAGAGCUGCACUUAAUCUUUACACGAAUUCGUUGGGCUUUAAAAUUCUUGAAAUUGAACCAAAAUAUUAUGCUGACGGUGAAGAUGCUUACUCAAUGCGCCGCGACUUGACUGAAAUAGCUAAAACAUUGGAUCGUAUUGAUGGAAGUCUUCCAGCUCUCACAGGUAGAUCAAAGAAAGAGCAUGGUCAUCAUAAGUCAGAUGGUCAUUGCUGCUAAAUUUGUUUUCAAGGGAUGGAAAUUAAAUAAUCAAACUUCAAUAAUGCUAAAUUUUAUUAACUGUCUUUAAAUUCGCUAAUAAAUGGAAAUCAUUUUUUUGAAUCAGUAAAAAACCAA